AGUCCCGACAUCCUAAAACACACGCCGUGAAAAUUACGCUGGUUCAUUUGCACCGACCUUUUCUUGCCGUGUUGCCCUCCUAUAAAGUAUAAAUUUCCGUUAACCCUGGUAAAUUACUUGUCGUCCUUCCAAGAGCCGUAUGUUCCUCCUUGUUCUGGUUUCUUGCCUGUCACUUCUGCUGCGAGAUUUCUGAGUGUGGUAUCUACUGUGGUCUUUCAAGACUGUGUGCUUAAUCAAUUCUUCCAUAUGAGUGGCGUCUUCUAAGCCCUGUCAUGGAUAAUACCACUGACUCUGUCAAACCAGUGGCGGACAAGUACAAUGUUGAAGCCGCCGAAAUCUUGGCGAACGAGGCUCAGAAUUUACCAAUUGCAGAGGCGACACCUAUAUACGAACAACUUCUCACAUUGUUUCCGACAGCUGCCAAGUUUUGGAAGCAAUAUGUCGAGGCGUAUAUGGCUGUGAACAACGAUGAUGCAACCAAACAGAUUUUUAGUCGCUGCUUGUUAAUUUGUCUUCAGAUUCCUCUCUGGAGGUGCUACAUUCGUUUCAUUAGAAAGGUUAAUGAGAAGAAAGGGGUAGAGGGUCAAGAAGAGACAAGAAAAGCUUUUGAUUUUAUGCUCAACUAUGUUGGAGCAGACAUAGCAUCUGGCCCAGUAUGGAUGGAGUACAUAUCCUUUUUAAAGUCAUUGCGGGCUCUAAACUCUCAAGAAGAAUCGCACCGGAUGACUGCUGUGCGGAAAGCAUACCAAAAGGCCGUUGUUACUCCUACCCAUCACAUUGAACAGCUUUGGAAGGAAUAUGAAAAUUUUGAAAAUUCUGUUAGUCGUCAGUUGGCCAAAGGAUUGAUAUCUGAAUAUCAACCAAAAUAUACUAGUGCUAGGGCAGUCUACAGGGAGCGGAAGAAAUAUGUUGAUGAAAUUGAUUGGAAUAUGCUUGCUGUACCACCAACUGGAUCUGCCAAGGAAGAAGGGCAGUGGAUCGCAUGGAAGAGACUGUUGGCUUUUGAAAAAGGAAAUCCACAGAGAAUAGAUUCUGUUUCCUCAAACAAGCGAAUCAUAUUUACUUAUGAGCAGUGUCUGAUGUAUCUGUACCAUUAUCCUGAUAUAUGGUAUGAUUAUGCGACAUGGCAUGCAAAAGGUGGUUCAAUAGAUGCUGCACUCAAAGUGUUUCAGCGGUCGCUGAAGGCUCUCCCUGAUUCGGAAAUGCUACGUUAUGCUUAUGCAGAGCUGGAGGAAUCUCGUGGUGCAAUUCAGGCUGCAAAGAAAGUAUAUGAAAGCCUUUUGGGUGAUGGUGUCAGCACAACUGCACUUGCGCAUAUUCAAUUCAUUCGCUUCCUAAGAAGAACAGAAGGUGUUGAAGCAGCUCGGAAGUACUUUCUGGAUGCUCGCAAAUCCCCAAAUUGCACUUAUCAUGUUUAUAUUGCUUAUGCUAUGAUGACCUUUUGUCUCGAUAAGGAUCCAAAGAUGGCGCACAAUGUUUUUGAAGCAGGUCUAAAACGGUUCAUGCAUGAACCUGUUUACAUUCUUGAAUAUGCAGAUUUCUUGACACGUUUGAAUGAUGACCAAAAUAUACGGGCUCUAUUUGAACGGGCUUUAAGUUCACUGCCACCUGAUGAAUCGGUUGAGGUCUGGAAAAAGUUCGCCCAGUUUGAGCAAACUUAUGGAGACCUUGCUAGCAUGUUGAAGGUUGAGCAAAGAAGAAAAGAAGCACUUUCUGGAACAGGUGAAGAUGGAACAUCAGCAUUGGAGAGCUCUCUGCAGGAUGUUGUAUCACGGUAUAGUUUCAUGGAGCUUUGGCCAGGCUCAUCUAAGGAUCUUGAUCAUUUAGCUCGGGAGGAGUGGCUUUCAAAAAAUAUCAAUAAGAAAGUGGAGAAGUCGCUUCUGCCUAAUGGAACCAGCCUUUUAGACAAGGUUUCUACGGGCAUGACAAACAUUUCAGCUAUGUCAACAAAGGUUGUUUAUCCUGAUACUUCAAAGAUGAUGAUCUAUGAUCCCACACUCAACCCUGGUGCAGGGACAAAUGCUUUUGAUGAAAUCCUCAAAGCUACACCACCUGCUUUAAUAGCAUUUUUAUCAAAUCUUCCUGCAGUUGAUGGUCCUACACCAAAUGUCGAUAUUGUGUUAUCAAUUUGCUUGCAGAGUGACUUACCAACAGCACAGAGCGGGAAGACGGGGACGCCAGCACAUUUGCCAACAGGUCCUGCACCUUCUACAAGUGAAAUUUCUGGUUCAAGCAAGUCACACCCCAUGCCAAGUGGUUCAUCUUUGAAACCAGCCAAUAGAAGACAACAUGGGAAGAGGAAGGAAUUAGACAGGCAAGAGGAUGAUGAUACAACAACUGUCCAAAGCCAACCACCCCCUCAAGAUGCUUUUCGGAUUCGACAGUUCCAGAAAGCUAGAGCCAGUAGCACUUCACAAACAGGAUCAGUCUCCUAUGGAAGUGCGUUUUCUGGUGAUUUGUCUGGUAGCACCAGCUGAAACUUUUUUAAAAAAAAAUGGGAGAAGAAUUUAUACUGGAAAGAAAAGAAGUUCAAAAUUUGGAAGUCAAAUGUUUGUUACUCCCAUGUCUAGAGGAAAAUUACCAACACUGAUCUGAAGUUCAUCGCAAUUUUUGGUUUAACAGAGUAGGGGAGGCCUGGAGGUGAGAGGGAAAAUAAUUAUAUAUAAUUAGCGUACCCUUUGUCUACUUACCCCCCCUCCUUUCCUUCUAUGUGAAUGUUUAAAUAAUAUAUUAUUAUAAAUCAUUAGUAUAUAUGAUUAUAUAAUAAA